AUGGGAUCCAGUCCUCCUGAAUCACCAAUAGAAUCUCCACACCACGGGCCGACUCCCAUCCCCGAAAUAACCCCCUCGGAAUCUAAAAUGAAAAUUGUUCGAGAUAUCUACGGAUCAAUCCUAAGUAUCGAUGACUGCCAGGCCCAAGAGAACCCUGCAACACAUUUGGUGAUAUGCUCAUAUACGUUCAACAAAAAGACAAGACCAACUGAUGGGCUAACUUCACAUCUUAAUGUGUCUCCCAAUAGGCAGUUCAUGUACAUCACUAAAUCUGCAGCUAUAAAAGAUCACACGGUGAUAAAUAUGUUUAAGCAUGUGGAACAGGUACUUAUUUGCCGAAAGGAAGGCAUUUUAGUUGUGUUGAAUGAUAAUGGAGGCUACGUGUUCUUUCGGCAUGAUCGUUACAGUGAAGAAUUCUAUGACUUUAUAGUUGCGAGUUACAGCAGCGUGGAAGAUGCCAGUAUAGAAGAUGUACACAACAAGAUGACGGGUAUUGAUGAGUCCAGAUCAUCCGAGAAACAAUCAGAACAGGAACCACACACUUACAGAUUCCUGAAAGAUUUAGAGAAGAAGGCAUCCCCUUCUUUUCCUAGGAUUCCUCCAGAAGUCAUGUACUCCUCAGAAGAUGCGGUACCAAUACUAGCCAGAAAGACAAGAUCACGAAUGGUGAGCCCAGAAACGAUAUCCCUUGUACCAUUAGAGUCUCCGGCUCCAUUUGUUCCGCCAUUACAGUACAAAUUCCCCGACGGGAAGCCUUUCAUUGUUACCCAAUCCGAUUUCAAAACAUUAUACAACAAUGACUGGGUAAAUGAUACCAUAAUCGACUUCUUCAUCAAAUUCGAAAUACAGCAGGCAGUCCACAAUGGGAAUAUGAAGCAGGAAGACGUAUAUGCGUUUAAUUCGUUCUUCUUUCUAAAGCUAAUGUCCAAUCCUGAAAACUUCCAAGAUAGAGAACUAAUCGGCUACUACCAAAACGUCACUCGAUGGGUCAGUAAAAUAGAUCUCUUCAGCUACCAGAACUUGAUUAUUCCUAUUAAUGAAAGUUCCCAUUGGUACGGAUGUUUGAUAGUUGGGUUACCUGAUUAUCUUGAGCGGGCCAAGACGUUGAAAGAACUCAACGAAAGCCAAGCUCAUGAUUAUGUCGGAAACUCAACAGACGUUGUGGAACCUGAAGUUCAUUCCAUUUUUGAAAGCAGAUUCAAGAAUAAAGUCAACAUAUUUGUGUUUGAUUCCCUAGGCCAAAAACACGUUCGUAUCCAUCACCCAUUUAAAAAUUUCUUGAUGGAAUAUUGCAAGGAUAGAUAUGGGAUAGAGAUGGAAAGAUCCGAUAUAGUGUUCAGGUCCACGAAAGUGCCCAAACAAAACAAUUUCAAUGAUUGUGGAAUUCAUGUCAUAUACAAUAUCCGCAAAUACUUGAAUGCUAGGGCUGAAUGCCUUCUGAUAUGGAAUAAAGGAAGCUCACAGUACAAGGCAUUUUUUAAGAGCUCCGAGAGAGCAGGAAUGAGGAAGGAAUUAAUUCAGUUGUUGCUUAAACUCCAUAAUGAGGACAAUCCAGACAAAAACAAAGAAGAAGCAGGCCCCGAAAAUUCUGAGAAUGGGGUUGGAAGCGAAACAGACACCGGUACCAACGUAGAAGCUGGGUCCAAAGUUUCUAAAGAGUCGUCAUCUACUGCAGACGACAGAUGCAUAAACGUGGAUUCUGGAAACGAGAAAGGUUGCGGUAGCGAAGAUGAUGAAAUUGAAGUCGUCCAGGUAAAGAACCUAGACAAUGUUAGACAGCAUCGGAUAAAGGCAAGAGGAAGAAAUGGAACGAAUCGACUAUUUGUCACAAUAGCAAACGGUGUUAAUUUGAAGGCCGACACGUAUGGAGUGGACCAGAAGAAGUCGUCUAACGAAUGCAUUCAAGAAUUGGUGGAUGGUAUUGGCGAAAGGUCCAAUUGGGAGACAACUGAAAGAGAGACUGAUGACAUCAAUGAGAAUUUGAGCAACCAAGCCCUUAAAGAGUCACGGAUAUCAAAUGACAUUUCUGCAGUAGCGGUACAGAUUCUAAAUGAGCUAUUUCCAGACCCAAGAGAGACAUUUACGUCAAACCAGAUAUUGGAGAUCACCAAAUUCAUAAAGGACAUCAACCAUCUAACGUUCAAAAGAGACCUGCAAAAGGUAGAACACUUGAAAAAAGCAUUCAGGGAAACAUACGACAGGCUCGAUCCCUCUAGGCCAAUGAAUGCUGAAUUCAAGAUCACCUUUGACACAGCUCUCAGUAAGAAAACGAGCGAAACCAACCACGAUGAUAGCGAUGAUACAGACGCAUUGCAUGAAACGUUAAGCAUUAACAGCGGUAGCCAUACUGAAGGAGUUCUCAGAACCGAUAAGGCCUAUUCCCCGUCCCGUCGGUGGGAAUACACAGAAACCCAGCCGAGGGACAAGAGGCAACGGCUUCUGUGA